GUCUGUCCCAGCCGGACGCCCCAGCCAUGGACAGAGCCCUUCUGCCACAGCAUAACUUCGGGGAAAGGGAGCUCCUGCCUCAGGGCCCCCUCUGGAGAGCAGGGGGUCCUGCCACGCUGAGGGUCCUGAUCCUCGCCCUGCUCUGGAGGGGGUCCCUGUCCCAGCCACCUGGAUUUACCCUGGCGGUACCGCAGUCGGUGUCUGUGCAGGAGGGUCUCUGCGUUUUCAUCCCCUGCAACUUCACGUACCCAGCCUCGUACGACACCGACAAUCCCUCGGCCCAGCUAUACGGACAAUGGUACAAGGAGCCUGCUACUGCGGGCCAGGAUCCUCCUGUGGCCAGCAGUGUCCCCAGCGUGAAGGUGUCACAGGAGACCCAGGGCCGGUUCCGGCUGACGGGGGAUCCAGCGCUCGGCGACUGCUCCCUGCAAAUCAGUGAUGCCCGACGGACGGAUGCGGGGAGAUAUUUCCUUAACAUCGAGAAAGGCAUGUUAGAUCACACUUACCGCUCCAAUUCCGAUGGCACUGCCCCUGCGCUCAGGAUCUCAGUGCCAGAGUUGACAGAGGAGCCAGAGAUCCAGAUCUCGCCGGCGCGGGACCUGCCAGGGACCUUGCUGGCCGGGCACCCAGUAACUAUGACCUGCACGGCCCCUGGGCGCUGCUCCGGGUCCCCUCCGCAAAUCACCUGGACGGGGCCAUUCAUUAACACAGCUCGGAAUGUCUCAGCCCAGCUGGCGAACGGCACCUGGGCCCACAGCUCUGAGCUCAGCUUCACGCCUGACCUGGGAGACAAUGGCAAAGAGCUCGUCUGCACCGUCACCUACAGCUCAGCACAGGAACCUUCCACCAGCAGAACCAUCUGGCUCCACGUAGUCUACCUGACUGGGCCCCCCAACAUCACUGGGAUCCUGACCAGGAACGGACGCCCCGACCCGACCGGGCACCCCAACAUCACCGGGAACAUGACCAGGAACGGACGCCCCGCUCCAUCAGGUGGCCUCACUCGGGCAUUUAUCGAAAUCAGCUUCAAACUCGUCUUCAUGGCGACUGGAUUCUUCCUGGCCUAUUACCUCACCCUGCUCUGUUACAGAGGCCCCCAGCCGGGGACCGGGCUGAACUCGUCCUGCCAGCACCAGGGGCCCAGUAUCAGCUGCACCUGCUCCCUGUGCUCCAACCACCCUCCCUGGCUCCAGUGGCAGGUGGAUGGGGAGCCCCUGGCUGGGAACGGCUCACAUGGGGCCCUGCACAUCAGCUCGUGGGACCAGGGGAACGAGACUGUCAGAAAAGUGUAG